AUGUCACGCUCUUCUUAUCCACACUCAUCACCUCCUAGGAUGGUGAACGCCUCUAGUAGUGCAUUCAGCAGCUCGGCAAAUCCAGAUGAAGAUUGGACCAAGAUUCCUGAUCUCGCUGAACGCCGACGGAUUCAGAAUCGAAUUGCCCAACGUAAUUAUCGCAAAAAGUUAAAGAGACGGCUAGAAGAUUUGGAGCGUCGAGCUGGUUCCUCCUCUGCAUCUCCACCGCAGACACAUGUAGAACUACAAGAUCAAACAAACAACCAGGAGACGCCGGUUAGGUCAUUUAUCCGGAGCCCGGAGAUGCAUCAACAACUACCAUUCAUGACAAGGCCCGAAUUACAGCAGCAGCAGCAGCAAUUAUCACCCAUAACCCCGAAUCAGACCAAUCAUCCAUCCCUGGAGGGGAAUAUACCUACCCCUAACCUUUUAAAAAGAUCCCCGUCUCAGUCACCGCCGCCUCCUCUGGAUUACUAUUACUUUUACCCAUAUCCGUUUCCAUUAGACGAGAAUAAUUAUGAGUCGUAUCCAAUGCCGCAGCAGAACCAUUAUUACUCUGGUAAUAACGAGCAACUUGUUUUUGGAGAAAAUAAUUAUCCGGCACCAUUCACACUACCUUCUAAUUUAGAACAACUGAAUCAGCCAAUUAAGCGGGAAGGUGGAACAUUAAGCCCUAUGAACUUUAACGCGUCGGAGCUUCCCAAUGUAAACAUAGUCGAACCACACGAUUACACACAGUUUGAGCCACAUAAUUUUCCUUUUUCCGUAUCCUAUGAGCAAUUUUUAAGCUUUUCGAAUCCAGGCAUCUAA